GUGGCAAAGAAGGCAUGUGGCAUGGUGACAAGGGAGCAAAUGAUUGCCAUCUGUUAUCUUAGAAUCGAAUUGUCAAAUAAUCUGUUGUGCAUGGUAUCAGUACAUGCAAUGUAUAAGAAGCACCUGCCCCAUAUGAAAAUGUUUCUAUCUGUCUCUGGAAGAAUAGCAAUAGUAAUAAGAACAAGAACAACAAAUAUGGCUACAGAAGACAUAGCUACAGCUACAGUAGAUACAGUUCCAGUUACAGUAGAUCCACCUCCUGUUAUAGUAGAUCCAGCCACAGCUACAGUACAUCCAGCUUCAGCUUCUGUUGCAGUACACCCACCUCCUGUUACAGUAGAUCCAGCCCCGGCUACAGGAGACCCAGAUUCUGUUACAGUAGACCCACCUCCUGUUACAGUAGACCCAGCUCCCAUUAGAGGAAAGAAAGUGGAAGAUGUUACCUUAGGACGCCAAGCCCCUAGGCCUGCCCAUGAAAUGGGCUCCAUCAACCAAACUCCUGACCGAAAAUCCAUUCCAAUUGAAGACAUUUUAAAGACAGCACCCGCAGACUUUCGUUUUCCCACGACCAACCAGACAAGGCACUGCUUCACUCGUUACAUUGAGUAUCACAAAUGCAUUCAAGCUAAGGGAGAAGGUGCCAAUGAAUGUGACAAGUUUGCUAAAUAUUAUCGAUCUUUAUGUCCUACUGAAUGGGUAGUAAGAUGGAAUGAGCAAAGGGAACUUGGCAUUUUUCCUGGGCCUCUGUGACGACUUUUACUUAAGUAUCUGUAAUUCUUUUGUAAUUUAUACUUCCCUCAAAUGCAAUAUUAUAGUCUUUCAA